UUGUCCUGCAUACUUAAGUUCUUUAACAUCAUUUCAUAUGUCUUUAUUCUUAUCCUUUUUUCACAGGCUCUCAUCAUCAUAUGCGACGCCUGUGACAAAGGUUUUCAUUCCUCCUGUCAUGUUCCACUUGUUCUUGAACCUGUGGAUCAUAAUUUACCUUGGGUAUGUUCUGCCUGUCAUGCUGAAGGUUAUAGAGUUGCCUUAACUGCAUCAGAAGUUACACAUGAUGAUACUCCUGGUGACCAGGAGCCACUAAAAAGUUCCAAUACAAGUUCUCUCUCUAGUCAUAAACAGGAUAUAAAAGGAACGGAGGAACCUGACCAAAAAAAUCUAUGUGUCGCUGACAGCUCUCGGUCGCAGGUCGAUGACGUCGAGGCUAUACUUUGUAUGCAUGGAAGAACCGACAUUGGGGCACGAGAAGCAAUGAAACGAAAAUCGGAUUGUCCUCAAUCUUCUUCGUUGGCAUCGAAUUCGCUUAAGAGAUCAAAAGCUGCUGGCUCUCCAUCUUCCACACUUGCCUCAUCAAUUGAAAGCCCAAACUCUUGUAAGGUUUUAUGGAGUCCAGAUAAAAUGAGUUUAGAUGAUAAGAGUGUUGAUAACGGCCCCGAAGCUCUAUGUCGCAAUGAGGAAAAAGAAAAUCAUGCACUUCUAAGCCUUAUUGACAAUUCUGCAAAGGUUAAUGCAUCUACUAUACCUGAGCUAGUUACCAUCCCUUCCUCACAACUUUCACCUAAUCCUCUUCGACAAAGAUCCAUCACUUCAACUGUCGUCCCUGGUAUGAAUCCUAAUGAAUAUCCAGCAAAUGAUAAGGGGAAGACGGAUAGUCGUGAAGUAGAUUCAACGCUUGUGUCUGACACUAUCAUAAAUAGCGACAACAAAUCUUCACCUUUGGGAUUGGGAAAAAAGCAGAACCGCGAACAGAUGUGCUACCCUCGGACUCCCAUACUAUUGAACAAAAGCCCGAAUAUCGGUCUCCCCUUCGAAGAAUCUUUCACAAAAUUGACCUCAUCUCACGGAGUCCAGUCUUCAGACAAAUUUGCUCUUACAAAAUUAGCCAGUGACAAUUCACAUGGAAAUGAGUAUGAUAGAUCCGAUUAUCUCCAGUGUAGCGGGCUACAACCAAGCGCCACAAGCAUUCGUAUCACAGCUUCAUCUACCAAUUGUACAGCCACCGCUACUACCGUCAGUUCCAGCACCACCGUCACAACCACCGUUUCUUCUGACGACUUUGGUUGUUCUCUCGUUUCUACAGACAUUCCCUCAUUGCCGGCAGCUAGUAUCGUAAGCAUGGCUUCUUCUACACUCGGUUUCGACUCUACUCAGGAAGAGACAACUGUUCGGCUUUGGAGCGUAGAUCAAGUACAUUCUUGGCUUCUACAUCAGGGCUUUACUCGAGAGGCGGAGGCCUUCCAACAGCAAGAAAUCGAUGGU